CGCCCGGGCGCGGCGCCACCGGGACCCCAGUGGCUCGGGGAGCCGGCGCGGCGGCGGGCGUCCGGGCGGCUUCCGCACUGAGCCGCCCCCCUGCCGGCUGGUCCCUGCGGCGGCGGCCCGGGCGACCCGGGCGCACGGCCCUUCGCCAUGUACACCUUCGUGGUGCGCGACGAGAACAGCAGCGUCUACGCCGAGGUGUCGCGGCUGCUGCUCGCCACCGGGCACUGGAAGAGGCUGAGGCGCGACAACCCCAGGUUCAACCUGAUGCUGGGCGAGAGGAACCGGCUGCCCUUCGGGAGACUGGGUCACGAGCCUGGGCUGAUGCAGUUGGUGAAUUACUACAGGGGGGCUGACAAACUGUGUCGCAAAGCUUCUUUAGUGAAGCUAAUCAAGACAAGCCCAGACCUGGCUGAGUCCUGCACAUGGUUUCCAGAGUCCUAUGUGAUUUAUCCAACUAAUCUCAAGACCCCAGUUGCUCCAGCACAGAAUGGAAUCCAUCCACCGAUCCAUAACUCAAGGACAGAUGAAAGAGAGUUCUUCCUGGCUUCUUACAAUAGAAAGAAAGAAGAGGGAGAGGGCAAUGUUUGGAUUGCAAAGUCAUCAGCCGGUGCCAAAGGUGAAGGCAUCCUCAUCUCCUCGGAGGCUACAGAGCUUCUGGAUUUCAUUGACAACCAGGGUCAGGUGCAUGUGAUCCAGAAAUACCUUGAGCACCCUCUGCUUCUGGAGCCAGGUCACCGCAAGUUUGACAUUCGAAGCUGGGUCUUGGUGGAUCAUCAGUAUAAUAUCUACCUCUAUAAAGAGGGUGUGCUUCGGACUGCUUCAGAACCAUAUCAUGUUGAUAAUUUCCAAGACAAAACCUGCCAUUUGACCAAUCAUUGCAUUCAAAAGGAGUACUCAAAGAACUAUGGAAAGUAUGAAGAAGGGAACGAAAUGUUCUUUGAGGAGUUCAAUCAGUACCUUAUAAGUGCUUUGAACAUUACCUUGGAAAGUAGUAUUUUACUACAAAUUAAACAUAUAAUAAGAAGCUGCCUCAUGAGUGUGGAGCCUGCCAUCAGCACCAGGUACCUCCCUUACCAGAGCUUCCAGCUCUUUGGCUUCGACUUCAUGGUGGAUGAGACGCUGAAGGUCUGGCUCAUUGAGGUCAAUGGCGCCCCUGCUUGUGCUCAGAGGCUUUAUGCAGAACUGUGCCAGGGCAUCGUGGACAUUGCCAUAUCCAGUGUCUUCCCACCCCCAGAUGUGGAGCCGCAGCACAUCCAGCCGGCUGCGUUCAUCAAGCUGUGACCGAGGGAGGUGCUCAGAGCUGCCUCAGAAGAACCACGAGCUCCUGGUCCAGGGGAAGGUGAAAGGUCAGGAUUGCUCACUACCAAGCCAGGACUGGAGAAAGAGAAGCAACCUGCAGAGCCACGGUAGAAGAGAGAACACAGUAGAAGAGAGAACACGAGAGGAAAAGGCACCUUCCCCAAAGAGUGGUUGCUCAGGGGUUCCCAGGUGGCGCUCUCAGCAUUGCUAUUAAGAUGUGAAAACUGAAGCAAAUUUCUCUGAGGGGGGAGUAAAAUAUUCUUCUAAGGGGAAAAGACAGGGAUUUGAGUAUUUUAUGUUCUUAUCCUUCAAAAAAUCCAAUUUUUAUCCUAAGGCAGCAUUGUGAGCAGCGCCUUUCCUCCCUGGGGGUUGAGACUGUCGGACCUUUGGUUGGUGUCUUUCCACCUGCUACAGCCUUAGUGCCUUAGCUCUAUGCCCAGCUGCAACCCUUCCGUCUGGGACAGGCAUUGGAUAUUAUAGAAUUUGGGAGGUUGCCAGUGUUUCCCUGCCCAUCCCUCUCCACAACACCCUGCCCAGAAAAGUCCGGACAAGCAUGCACCAACAGUCCUUGGUUUCAUGCUGGGCACCACCUCACAGCGGAGGGGGAUUUCCUCAUCAUGUUUCUGAUGGCGUUUGAUCAGUCACCCAUCAGGGUUGAUGUGGGCUGGGCACCGAAACGGCAAAUGCUGCUCUCGAUCUGCUCUGUGCAUGUUUUAGAAACCAAGCAGCAAGUCUGCCACAAACCCAUAAGCAUCAAAUAAGCAUGAGAGAGAAAAAACUCAAUGUCUUGCUUUACUUAAUAGUUGGGUGUGGUGGGUCUUUGAAAUAUGAUUCUCAGUUAUCUUUAUUUUAACCAGAAUUCUACAUGCACUUUUGCAAAGUUCCCUUUUUUUUGUUGUUGUCUUAAACUUUGUAAAAACCCCUGUCUGGGGCAGGAGUAGAAUUACACACACACACACCACCACCACCAUCACCACCACUAGGUGGCACUGCCCCAGGCACAGGUAGCUUUCCUCCAUUUUCUUGCUCUCGAAACAUCUUCCGUGGGAGCUGGAAGGGCAGGUUUUGUUCCAGGGAGGAUUCUCUGCCUGCUUGUGCCUCUUAACAUCAGGGCAAGGGUCUAAAUGAGUGUAUGUCUAGCCCAAAUGGGAGAGUCUCCUAAAAUGGAAAAGAUGUGGUUUCAGAGCUCCACAUAGCAUCUUGUAAGUCAACUAAUGUGUCCUGUUAGGUGUAAUUUCCACUUGCUGGUCAAACAUUCUGCAGAUUUUUCAGGAGGUUACAUCACUAGCCAUGGGAAGAACAAGAUGCUUCUUGUGUUCAGCGUGAGCUGAAUGAACAGGUCCUUCUUAGAGGGUCCUGGGAACCACCACAGGCCUCCUGUCCAGUACCUGCUGUGUUCUUCCUUUGUGUAUGUGUGUGCUCCAUUGUUAUUUCUGUGUGGCACCAAACAACAGUUCUGCCAUUGUGGAAACAUUUUUAAAAAGAGAAAAGAGCAAUGCCUCCUCAAACAUGAUGAGAUGUGGGAGCUCACAGUGAAGAAAGAAAUAAGGAGUAUUUAAUAGAUGCAGCAGUGGGUGUAGGAUGUGAUGACAUAAUGUCAGGGUAAAGGAGAAAGGCCCAACUGGCUUGGCUCUUCUGCAAAUUUGGAAUUACAAAAUAAAAGGCCUGAUGGUUACCCAGAAUACAGAUGAUAAAGUUUGUGUCCAGAGCAAAAUAAAACAGUCAGCAGUGAAAGUCAAUCUUGGAGGUCCAGCACUAUUGGAUUAGUCUUUGGGGACUUUGAGCAGAUCAUGACCCAUUUAGAAAGUAUUAAGAUACUGAGUCCUUGGGAAGUCUCUGUGGACUGUUGAUGGGAAAAGCAUGGAAGUUUUUAUCAUGCUAUCACAUGUGAAUGCAGAUUUGUAAUGACCUUUUGGACCUAAUUUAAAGGGACAUUUGAGAGUUUUCCAACUCUUACAAUGACAGAACUAAAUUUAGAUUUGCAAGCCCAUGGAUCUUGAUGGAUUUUUUAAGAAACAAAUCAAUAGCAUAUAUGUGAGGGAAGUAAGGCUUUAGAAAGAAAGUUGUACUUCAUUCCUCACAUGCUUUCAAUUAAGUAUCUAUUUUACGCAUUUAUUUUCGAUUGGGAUGGUUGGCUCAGAACUGUGUCCACACCCUUCCAUGAUACCUUGGGCACAGAUGAUCAUUCCUUCCUCCUCAGUUAGUCUUUAUAUAUGCAGUCUGCCGAUGUGUCGCCCAUUGAGGGGGCGGAGGUGUUGUUUAUUUAGAGAUGUUAAUUCCUAUAUUGGUCCCAUCAUUUGGCCGCACAGUGUGAGAUGAACCUGUUAACCUCUCUGUGCCUUAGUUUUUGAUCUCAUGGAAGAGAUCGUUGCCUGGGGACUACCUCAAGGACUUUUAGUGAGGACAGGUAAGAUUAGGAAGACUCGAGAACCUGUGGUACCAAGGUUCUCAGUGCUGACUUUAUGCUGGAAUCACUUGGGAAGCUUUUGAAAAAUGUUAGUUUCACCACCCUCCCUCUCUCCCACCUCUGACCAAUUAAAUCAGAACCUCAGGUGUCAGUAUGCUUUGAGAUGCCUUGAACCACUGCUUGAGAAGAAAGGACAAACACAUUACUACCUGAGAAUAAUCAAAUAAGGCCUAGGGCUUUUUUUAAAAAAGUUCUUUUUGGAAGGACAGGCAUUUCUUUAAGAAUGACCGGGUUGUUGGUCAAUGUGUUGACCUACAUUUUCAGGAUACAAGCAACUACUGUCUAAAGCAUGUUCUCUCUUUGCUUCUUGUCCCAGCAUUUGUAAACUCAAAUGUACUCUCAUUGACUUCAACAGUUUGUGAAGCCUUGACAACAAAUGUAAACAGACAGGAAUGUAUAAAUCUGCUAAGUAUAUGUUAAGGUUAUGAAUUAUUGAGAGAAAACUCCUUCCCUCGCUCUUAACUCCUGUGGUAAUUAUAAACUCAAUUUUACCCAGAA